AUGAUGAAACAUGCCUGGGAUAAUUAUAAGCGUUACGCUUGGGGAUUAAAUGAACUGAAACCCAUAUCUAAGCAAGGACAUUCAAGCAAUUUGUUUGGUAACAUUCAAGGAGCAACAAUAGUGGAUGCCCUUGAUACAUUAUACAUCAUGGAAAUGAAAGAGGAAUUCAAGGAAGCCAAGGAGUGGGUUGAAAAAAACUUAGAUUUCAAUGUGAAUGCAGAAAUUUCAGUUUUUGAAGUGAACAUCCGUUUUGUUGGUGGACUCCUUUCAGCUUACUAUCUUUCAGGAGAAGAGAUAUUCCGAAAGAAGGCAGUGGAACUUGGGGAGAAAUUGCUACCUGCUUUCAAUACUCCCACUGGGAUACCUUGGGCACUCCUUAAUAUUAAGAGUGGGAUUGGUCGAAAUUGGCCAUGGGCGUCUGGUGGCAGCAGCAUUUUGGCAGAGUUUGGAACGUUGCACCUGGAGUUCAUACACCUGAGCCACCUGUCUGGAAAUCCGCUGUUUGCCGAAAAGGUAAUGAACAUUCGAAAAGUUCUGAAUCGACUGGAUAAACCAGAAGGCCUCUACCCCAACUAUCUGAAUCCCAGUAGUGGCCAAUGGGGCCAGCAUCACGUGUCCAUUGGAGGGCUUGGGGAUAGCUUUUAUGAAUAUUUGCUCAAGGCAUGGCUGAUGUCGGACAAGACGGAUGAAGAAGGCAGGAAAAUGUAUUAUGAUGCUGUUCAGGCCAUCGAGACCCACCUCAUUCGGAAAUCAAGCGGGGGGCUGACCUACAUCGCUGAGUGGAAGGGCGGCCUGCUUGAACACAAGAUGGGGCAUCUGACUUGUUUUGCUGGAGGCAUGUUUGCUCUAGGAGCAGAUGGAGCACCUGAUGACAAGACAGGCCAUCACAUUGAGCUCGGUGCUGAAAUUGCUAGGACUUGUCAUGAAUCCUAUGAUCGUACAAGCAUGAAACUGGGACCAGAAGCCUUCAGAUUUGAUGGUGGUGUUGAGGCCAUUGCUACAAGGCAAAACGAAAAAUACUACAUCCUCCGACCAGAAGUCAUAGAGACCUACAUGUACAUGUGGCGGCUCACUCAUGACCCAAAGUAUAGGCAGUGGGGAUGGGAAGCUGUAGAGGCACUGGAAAAAUAUUGCAGAGUUGAUGGAGGCUAUUCUGGCAUCAGAGACGUUUAUAACAGUCAUCAAAGCCAUGAUGAUGUGCAGCAAAGUUUUUUCCUUUCAGAGACACUCAAGUACUUAUACUUGCUGUUUUCUGAGGAUGAUCUUCUUCCAUUUGAACACUGGGUCUUCAACACAGAGGCUCAUCCUCUCCCUGUUCUUCACAAAGAUGACGGAAAUAAAGAAGAAAAUCAGAAAUAGAUCACGAUUAAGUUAUAUUUGGUUUCAUUCCUUAUAUUUCUUUCCAGGACUUGGGCACAUGAUUUAUUUUUAAAUUCCUGAGUUAAGUUUUUAAAUCAAGUGUUUUGCAGUCUGUUUUCUUUACCAGUAAAUAUUUAUGAAUGGACACAGACUCACAGUAAAUCUUCAUUCGUCUUAUCCAGCUGAACCACUUCUUAGAGAAGACAUACAACAUCACAUCUCUCCAGAUUUUGUUAGGCUGCAGCGGUGUCUUGGCCAAAAAGAACAGAAGGGUCUGCAUGUUACUCGUUUCCUGUUCUGCUUUUGAUUUGACUGCAAAAUUCUUUCCUCCUCUGUGAGGAGAUGUCUGCUUUAAGCUGUAAUAUUUUGCCAUGUUGCAAAAAGCCAUAUUGAAUUAAGUAUAAAGAGCUUUUUUUCUUUUUGUUUGUUCUAUGUUAAUUUGUUUCGUUUGUGUGUCAUCGAAGACAAAUCUUGUGACUGUGACAGCCUCUUCUUAUGCGGGUCUAUCAUAAUUUGGUAAAGUAUCUGAUGUAUUUCAUUGUCAGUGAAGUCCACAUAGGAGUAUUUUCAUCUCAUGCAGACGCAACUCUGUUAGAAAUCGCAGUAUCCAUUAAAGUUAUUCUAGAUCAUUUUUUAUCAAUUUAGCGCAUUCAUUAGCGGACCUUAGUUUUCAGGGUUUGCUUAGAUUAUGGUUAUAGACUGAAUUGUUUCUUCCUUUUCAUAAGUGGAGUUAUUCUCAGCUGUUUAGUCAGGCUAGCAUUGAGUAAAAUAAGACAGUCAUUUCUCAGUAAGUAAGGGAGUCUUUUCUUCUUCUUGAAUUUAGUCGAGUAGCUUUCAUAUGUUUGGACAGUAAAAGAAAAAACAAAACAAAACAAAAAAGUCAAUGACAUUCUUCUCAAAACUGAGCUGAGAAUUAUUCCAGAGACAAUUUGUUUGGCUGUUGGUGACUUUCUCAAACGUUCAGAUUAGUUCAAACUGACAUAAGCCCUGUUGGUUUAUUGUCACAAAGCAAUUUAGUGUAUUUACAUGAAAAAUAAAGAUAUAUUCAGAUGCCUUGAAGAAAACUCAUCUCCUUAAAAAAAAAAAAAAAAAGUAAUCUUUCAGUGUGGAAGUUCUCCAGCA